CUUUAAAAUGGCUCUACCUCUUAUAAUGCACCUCCCAUUUAACAAAUCUUAAAUAGUGAAUUCAGAGACCAUAAAGGAAAGAUGAGCCCUAUACUAUGGAUGCCUUUGUUUUUAUUAAGUACACUUGCCUGUACAGCUGGAAAGUUUGUUUUCACAGGACCAAUAGAUAAAAGAGGCAUAUACACAAGACCAGUAGAUAUAGGAGACAAAGUAACAAGAACAUUACAGAUAGGAAGCAAUACUACAAGACAAGGAAACAUGGAUAUAAAUAAACCAAGAACAUUAAAAACUGGAGGCAUCAUUAUAGGACCAGGAAAACUGGAUAAAAAUAAACCAAGAACAUUAGAAACUGGAGGCAACAUUAUAGGACCAGGAAACAUGGAUAUAAAUAAACCAAGAACAUUAGAAACUGGCGGCAACAUUAUAAGACCAGGAAACAUGGAUAUAAAUAAACCAGGAACAUUGGAAACUGGAGGUAACAUUAUAGGACCAGGAGACAUGGAUAUAAAUAAACCAGGUACAUUGGAAAUUGGAGGCACCACUAUUGGGCCAGGACACAUGGAUAUAAAUAAACCGGGAACAUUGGAAAUUGGAGGCACCACUAUUGGGCAAGGACACAUGGAUAUAAAUAAACCAGGAACAUUGGAAACUGGAAGCACCAUUAUAGGGCCAGGACACAUGGAUAUAAAUAAACCAGGAACAUUGGAAACUGGAGGCACCAUUAUAGGGCCAGGAGACAUGGAUGUAAAUAAACCAGGAACUUUGGAAACUGGAGGCACCAUUAUAGGGCCAGGAGACAUGGAUGUAAAUAAACCAGGAACUUUGGAAACUGGAGGCAUCAUUAUAGGGCCAGGAGACAUGGAUGUAAAUAAACCAGGAACUUUGGAAACUGGAGGCACCAUUAUAGGACCAGGAGACAUGGAUAUAAAUAUAUCAAGACGAUUCGAAACUGGAGGCACUAUUAUAGGGCCAGGAGACACAAGUAUAAAUGAAUCAAGAACAUUUGAAACAGGAGGUAGUAUUACGAAACCAGGAGACAAAGGUGAAAAUAAACCAAGAAUAUUAGAAACAGGAGGCAACGUAAGAAGAAUAGUUAGAAGCAAUACUUUCAAAGACCUAGGAAAUGGUAAUAAAGCACAAAUUCAAACAUUAGGUGGAAUUGGUAGACGAAUGACACUCGGAAAAAUGCUGUCAACAAUUCUAAAUGGUACACGAUCAAAUUCUACAAAUAAGAAUGAAAUUGGUGCCAAGUCAGGUUUCCAACGGUACAUUCCACCCUUUGUUUUAAACAUGAAUAUAUAUGAAUGGAUACCAAGGAAAUUUCAUCAAAAAGUUCAUGAUGACUUGAUGAAUGUUAGGAACAAAACUACAACCACUGAUAACUUUUGAUACAUUUGUUGAUCGGAACAUAUUUAAAGUAGUCUUGGAAUGCAUUAAUUAUUAUACAUUACAGUUGUAGAUUUAUUUUUUGUAAGAAAGUUAAUGCAUGCAUCUAGAAUUAUUGAUACAUACAUACAGACGUUUCAAUGCACUCCGAUGUUGAUCUGUAGGAUUUUAUAAAAAAUUGUUAAAAAAAUAUCUUUUUUGUUAUCAUUUAAUUUCAGUAUCACUGUGUGUAGUCAUCUUGAAAGGAUCGAUAUUCAAUAAAUCAUAAGGUAAUGCGCCCCUUGGUCUGACUCAUUGAAAAUCUACUCAAAACCUAUGGAUUUUAUUUGCUGAGAAUCUACUAACCGUACUGGCGAUGCAUUUAUACGUGGAGUUUAUGUCAAUGAGUCAACAACCACAAUAAAACCAAAA